AUAAAAUAUCAUAGCGGAGUCUAAAGAAGAGUUCAUCCAAUUAUUUAACUCUUUAGUGUAAUCAUUAGCAAAGCAAAGAAAUGCCUAAACGACAUGUUCAACCGCGUUUCACUCGCAAGGCUGAGUCAAAGACACCAUCCCAGCCUCUUGUAGCCCGUCGCUCUGCAAACUAUCAACCGUCUCUUUGGGAGCACGAGUAUCUCCUCUCGCUCGGUAAUACAUAUGUGAAAGAGGACAACAUCGAGAGAGUUAUGUUAUUGAAGCAGGAAGUGAGUAAAAUGCUCAAUGAAACGGAGGGUUUACUCGAACAGCUAGAGCUCAUCGACACUUUACAAAGGCUUGGAGUUUCUUACCAUUUUGAACAUGUUUUAUACGGAAAUAUUGGAGAUGAUUUGGAUGAUAAAGACAUCAAGGGUAUUCUUUCACUAUACGAAGCUUCAUAUCUCUCGACCAGAAUCGAUACUAAAUUGAAAGAGACCAUAUGCUAUACAACAAAACGACUUAGAAAAUUUGUGGAGGUUAAUAAGACUGAGAACAAAUCUAACACUCUUCGGAGGGUGGUGAUCCAUGCGUUAGAGAUGCCGUACCACCGGAGAGUGGGAAGAUUAGAAGCAAGGUGGUACAUAGACGUGUACGGAGAGAGACACGACUUGAACCCUAUCUUGCUUGAAUUCGCGAAACUUGAUUUCAAUUUCGUACAAGCUAUCCAUCAAGACGAGCUCAAAUCUCUCUCUAGUUGGUGGAGCAAGACGGGAUUAACAAAACACCUCGAUUUCGUUAGAGAUCGAAUAACGGAGGGUUAUUUCUCGAGUGUUGGAGUAAUCUAUGAGCCGGAGUUUGCAUAUCACCGACAAAUGCUUACAAAAGUUUUCAUGCUUAUUACAACUAUCGACGAUAUAUACGAUAUUUAUGGGACAUUGGAGGAGCUUCAACUAUUCACAACCAUAGUUGAAAAAUGGGAUGUGAAUCGUCUUGAAGAACUUCCCAAGUACAUGAAGUUAUGUUUUCUAUGCCUCGUCAACGAAAUCAAUAAGAUUGGAUAUUUUGUACUCAGAGAUAAAGGGUUUAAUGUGAUUCCUUACCUCAAAAAAUCCUGGGCAGAUAUGUGUACAACGUUUUUGAAAGAGGCAAUGUGGUACAAAAGUGGUUACAAACCUAACUUCGAAGAAUACAUGCAAAAUGGUUGGAUCUCAAGUUCAGUCCCUACAAUACUUCUACACUUGUUCUGUCUCUUCUCCGACCAAGCCUUAGACAUUCUUGUCUCCUACAAUCACUCUGUAGUUCGAAGCUCCGCCACCAUCCUCCGUCUCGCUAACGAUCUCGCCACUUCUUCGGAGGAAUUAGCGAGAGGCGACACUAUGAAAUCCGUACAAUGUCACAUGCAUGAAACAGGAGCUUCUGAGGCAGAGUCACGCGCGUACAUUCAAGGAACGAUUGAUGUGGCUUGGGAUGACUUAAACUUGGAGAAAAGGAGUUGUAAGUUGCAUCAAGGUUUCGUAGAAGCUGCGAUUAAUCUUGGACGUGUGGCUCAGUGUGUUUAUCAGUACGGUGAUGGCCAUGGCUGUCCUGACAAGGCUAAGACCGUCAAUCAUAUCCGGUCCUUGCUGGUCCACCCUGUUCCACUCAAUUAAUUAAUUACUGUCAUUUCUAAUAAUAAGUCUUAAAUCACACAAGUAUUGGAUUAGUUCAAAGAGUUGAGAGAUGCAUUUGUAUUCUCUCCUCAGAUUAUAAAAUGCAUGUGAACAUUUGUUAGCUUUUCUCACGAUCAAGAGCUAGUAAAAUUAAGUUAAUUGA